AUGCUACGGAGUGUGCUGGGCACCCCUAGAUCCGAGUCGGACGGCAACCUGCUCCAGCUGGCGGAGAAGAGCAAUGGGGAGGAGAGCGGGGGGGACGAAGGCCCCCUCGCCGUCGCUCCCGGGGCAAGGCGCACGGCAGACUCAUCUGUGGUGGAUGAUGACGGGGAAGAGCCCCCCCGGGCCCUGCCCACCGGCGCCGAGGCGGUAAUCACCCAGGUGAACACCCGACAGGGAGCCCCUACCGGGCCUGCCCUGGGCCAGAUGGUCACCCUUCCGUCGACAUCAGAGGACACCUCGGACCUGCGGGCCUCCUGGAGGAACAAAGUCAGGAACAUCUUCUGCUGCCUGGUCCCAGGGCCCGGCGACCAGUAUACGCGGCAGGAGGAGGGCCCCGUGGUCAUCCGCCCCGUGGCCCCCCCACCCCCCUCCUGGGCCGACCCGGUCAUCGGCCCGCCCUCCCCCGCCGACAUCGGCAAGAAGUGCCUGGUGCUGGACCUGGACGAGACGCUGGUGCACUCCUCCUUCCGCCCCGUGGCCUCCCCCGACUACAUCAUCCCCGUGGAGAUCGAGGGGCGGGUGGUGGACGUGUACGUGCUCAAGCGCCCCCACGUCGACGCCUUCCUGGCCGCCGUGGGGGACCGCUUCGAGGUGGUGGUGUUCACCGCCAGCCUGGGCAAGUACGCCGACCCGCUGCUGGACCUGCUGGACCCGGCGGGGGUGGUGCGGUGGCGCCUCUUCCGCGAGGCGUGCUACCCCUAUGAAGGCUCCUACGUCAAGGACCUGCAGUGCAUGGGGCGGCCCAUGGAGAGCCUGAUCAUCGUGGACAACUCCCCCCACUCCUACGUGUUCCAGCCCGAGAACGCGCUGCCCAUCGGCACCUUCAUCGACGACCCAGAAGAUCAGGAGCUGCUGGACUGCCUGGAGGUGCUGAUGGAGGUGGAGAACGUGCGGGACGUGCGGCAAGGCCUGGCCACCGAGCUAUCGCGGCGCAGGACCGGCCUCUUCUCCGGCUUCUCCCAGGCCGUGGCGCGCGCAUCCACGCAUCUGGCCCGCCCCUCCGUCUGA